UGUUCUUACUUCCGUAAUCACGAUUAUAGGAAAAAAAUAAACAUGGCGGACACAGCUCCAGCCGCUCGUGGAGGAUUUCGUGGAGGUUUCGGUUCCCGCGGUACUGGCGAUCGUGGUGGACCGCGUGGCCGCGGAGGACGUGGCCGUGGACGUGGUCGUGGUCGUGGCCGUGGCAAGGAAGAUGCCAAAGAAUGGCUCCCUGUGACCAAAUUGGGCCGUUUGGUUAGAGAUGGAAAGAUCAACUCUCUUGAGGAGAUUUACUUGUUCUCUCUGCCAAUCAAAGAGUAUGAAAUCAUUGAUUUCUUCAUUGGCACCUCUCUUAAGGACGAGGUCCUCAAAAUCAUGCCUGUUCAGAAGCAAACUCGUGCUGGACAGCGUACUCGCUUUAAGGCUUUUGUUGCCAUUGGUGACAGCAAUGGUCAUAUUGGUCUGGGAGUCAAGUGCUCAAAAGAAGUAGCCACAGCCAUUCGUGGUGCUAUUAUCUUAGCCAAACUGUCAGUUGUUCCAGUUCGUCGAGGCUACUGGGGUAAUAAGAUUGGUAAACCCCACACUGUACCUUGCAAAGUUACUGGCAAAUGUGGUUCCGUCCAAGUGCGUCUUAUCCCAGCACCUAGAGGCACUGGUAUUGUAUCUGCCCCAGUUCCCAAGAAACUGUUGCAGAUGGCUGGUAUUGAAGACUGUUACACCUCUGCUAGAGGAUCCACUUGUACUCUAGGUAAUUUUGCCAAAGCUACAUAUGCAGCUAUUGCAAAGACAUAUGCUUACUUGACACCCGAUCUCUGGAAAGAGAUGUCACUGACAAAGACACCCUACCAAGAGUACGCUGACCAUCUGUUCAAAAACCACCGACCUGUAACGGGAGCCAGACCUGCUGAAGUUAUUUAAAUAUGAUUUAACUUACAUUAAUAAAGGUCCUUAAUGAAAAUUUUAAA